CUAUCCCUCACAGUUGUCUUUGACUCUUGUCAAUCCCUCCAGCUGCACUUGUUCCAGCUCCUCUCAUCACCUUCAUCACAGCACCAGGGUCUUCUUCACCGAACCGAAAACCGACGAUGUCCGGCAUCAUGAAAGUGUUUCUGCUCCUGGCUGUCAUGUUCUGCAUCUCCGAAGCCCAACUUGAUCACACGUCAGGAAAUCAGUGUCUGUGUGCAAAUGUCCAGAGGGGAAUUCAACGUGGGACUAAAAUGAAGGACAUCCAGAUCCAGAUCUACCCACCAUCCGUCUUCUGUGACAAAGUGGAGAUUGUUGUCAACAACAACAACGGCCGUCGCUAUUGCCUGAACCCCGAGUUGAAGCCGGUGCAAAGACUCAUCGCUAGAAUUAUGAAACCGGCGCCCUCUACUGCGACCAGACCAACCGAGCUCAACUAAACCAGCAGCACGGCUCACAUCUGAGUAUUUACGUCCUCCGAUCAUUAUGAGGCGCAGAUGACCUCUGACCCCCACCAAACAAAGGCGCCUCAGACAAAUUCCGAUGUAGUCGUUUUUUUAAUAGGAAUGUGCUGUGAACCAAGUUUUAUGUAUUUUGUAAAUGUCAGUGUUUUUGUACAAAUAAUAAAAGCCCAAGGGAAUAAAAA